AUGAUCCGCAAGAACCCGGACCUGGACCACCAGAGGGUUCUGGAUCUGACGUUGGUGGAGAUGACUAAGGAGCUGGAGGACGGCUCUCUGUCUCCGGAGGCGGCUCUCUACGUCUAUGUGAAGAAGGCUCUUGAAGUGCACAGCAAUCUGAACUGUGUGACUGUUUUCCUGUCCGACUGCGAAGAUCAACUGAAGAAACUACAACAGAGUGAAGAGAGGGGCCCCUUGUACGGGGCCCCAGUGUCUAUAAAGGAGCAUAUUGGUUAUCAGGGUCUCCCCUCCACAUGUGGACUUGUUCAGUACCUGGACGCUGUGGAGGAGGAGGACAGCGUCGUGGUCAAGGUCCUGAAGAAACAAGGAGCCAUUGUGUUUGCCAAGACCAACGUUCCUCAGACCCUGAUCUGCUAUGAAACCAGCAACACCAUCUACGGAUACACAAUGAACCCCCAUAACGUGGCCAAGGGGGCUUCCGGAUCCUCAGGUGGAGAGGGGGCUCUGAUUGGAGGUGGAGCCUCACUUCUGGGCUUCGGAACCGACCUCGCCGGCAGCAUCCGCCUCCCGUCCAGUUUUUGUGGGAUUGCCGGAUUUAAGCCAACGCCAACCAGGCUUAGCAUGCGCGGAGUGCGGCCCUCUGUGGACGGGAUGACGGCAGGACGUCUUCCUAGGGUUCUGGCUAUGAGAGCUCUGCUGUGUGAUGAGAUGUUCCGACUCGACCCGAAUGUUCCCCCCAUCUACUUCAACGAGGAGGUCUACUCCGGCCAUAAACCUCUCCGUAUCGGCUACUAUGAGGAGGACGGCUUCUUCCUUCCCAGUCCCGGCAUGAGGCGCGUCCUGCUGGAGACCAAGAAGCUUCUAGAAGAGGCCGGACACCAGCUCGUCCCGUUCCGACCUCCGCGAGUGGAUCGGGCCUAUCAGAUGUACCUGAAGAGCGCGUUGUUUGGUGACGGAGGGAAAACGCUCGCAGACAAGUUUGAGAAGAACAUUGUUGACGUCCACCUGGCGGGAAGCGUCCCUCUGUACCGGCUCCCGGCCAUGCUGAAGAAGACGCUGGCCUUCCUCCUCCGGCCCAUAGCUCCUCGGAUCUCUAAAGUCCUCUACUCCUGUGCCGGACCCCGAUCUGUUCAGGAACAUUGGAGGGACCUCAUCGCUCUGGAGGAAUAUCAGACAACGUUCAUCUGUGAAUGGAGGAAGUCGGAUCUGGACGUUGUCCUCUGUCCUAUGCUGGGCCCGGCCUUCAAUGUCGGAUACCCCGCCAGACUGCUAGGUAGACCCGAUGGGGGGGAUGGGAGGAGUCUGCUCAUCACACACAUUAUAAUCUGCUUCAGAUCGACCAACAACUACGCAGUGCGAGGGCCGGGGGUCAGGGUUAUGGGGAUAGGGGGUCAGGGUUAUGGGAGUUCGGUCAGCGCCGAGGACGAGGCGGCCCUGAGACAUUACACCGGAUAUCACAACGACUUCUGGGACAAACUCUUCAAAAAGGCGGUGGAGGACGGGGUGGGCUUGCCGUUGUCUGUGCAGUGCGUGGCUUUGCCGUACCAGGACGAGCUCUGCCUGCGCCUCAUGAAGGAAGUCCAGACCCUCCACACGCGGCGGACCAUGAAGAGGACCUGUCUAUAA